CUGUGAUCUCACCAUGCUUGCGCACACCAAACGGCGGUCCUGAUGUCAGCGCUUCGACGGGGCGGCAGCAUGGAGUCCGCAAGUUCGUCGUUUUGAUGUUGCCCUAUGAAAUCUGCCUGGCAACAGGUGGCUAUCUUGUGUACUUUUACUAUUACUUGCAGAAAGUUCUUUGUGCGGCAUGGAUUCUAUGCCCCCCUCCCGACUGAGCGUUGAGAUGGCUUACCAGGCUCUUAAUCUGUCCUCUCAGUGACAUCACCCUCCUCUCGCACCCUCGCUAGGAUCCAAAGCAACCUUUGAAGGUCUGGAGGUGGGAGGGGGGGUUAGAGACACUUGUUUAGGGACGGCAGCCCCCAUCAACAGCAGCUACAACAAGCCAAGUGACAACAACAACAACGAGGAGUAGUUCCAGACGACAUUGGUGACCAUGGCAACAAGGAUGGCCGAGGGGGACAUGGAGGAGCUGGCGGACCCCGGGUUGGGCAUGGACGAGGACCCAGGGGCCCACGGGAUCCUACAGAGAGCCUCGCUAAAAGAGGGAUACCACAGCGACUCCCUGCUGGCACCUGACGCCGACUCCAUGACAGAUGGUCGCAGUUCAGCGGCCAGCAACCUGGACGUGGCCGACAGGCUGACCUACCUGGAGCAGAGGAUGCAGAUGCAGGAGGACGAGAUCCAGCUGCUGAAGAUGACCCUGGCCGACGUCCUCAAGAGGCUCAACAUCUCCGAGGAGCACCAGGCCGCCGCUGCCGCCACCGGGAGGAGGGUGCCAUGUGCUAAAGGGAGGCCGGUCUCGCUGGCUUUGCCCUACAGACCUCCCAUUGUGACCUCCACUGGCGCCAGCUUGAGGAAGAGCUCCACACUGCCCUCCAGCGCCACAGGCAGAAACUACAGCCCAACGCCGCCGCGCAGAGGGGUCAUGAGCCCAGCAGGAAGUAUGAAGGACAGUCCUUGUAAGACCCACAAGACACCCCCAUCCUCGUCAGCUUCCACCUGUAAGACAGCCAAAGAAGGGGGCAGCAGGUCAAGAGAGGGAUCAGUAACUUCAAGCACAGGGCGAGUGACACGGUGCAAAGUGACUAUGCAGAUCUAUCUGAGCCCCCUCGCAAGAAAGACUGGGUCUUCUGAGACGGCCACGUCCGCCCCGACAGUGCCUGCCAGGGGCGGCGGGCCAGGGGUUGGUGGCGGACCGGGCAAUCCUCAGGCAAGGGGCGGUGGCAAGACAGAGGCGAUGAGGAAGAACCCCUCCUUCACUUUAAACCUGCAAAAGACCACUACUAACAACAACAAGAACACGCAGCAGUACGCUCCAAACUGCACAAGUCCCAUCAAGUCGCCCAGUCAGUACUUUCAAAUUUGUUACUGAAAAAUCAAAACAUUUAUGUACCUUCCAACACCGGAUUUCUCGGUCAUAAAAUCUAAAACUCAUUUAUUUGACAACAUUUGGCCUACUAUUGAAUUAAGUUAGCUUAAACAGGUUUGCUCAUCUUCUAUUUCCUCGUUAUUUGUUAUUAUUGCUUUGUAUGGCGUGUGUGUAUGUGUGGUUUUGCACUGAUUGUGUGUUUUAUUUGCUGUGCUGUAGUCAGGCUUCCACAUUUGGGAUUUGCUAAGAAGCAGUAUUGUACUUAAUGUGCUACUGUACUAUAUGUACUAGAAUGUAAGGAUGUAAGAAUGUUAAGUGAGUCAAAAUAAAUGAACUGUGUUGUGUUAUGUCUAUGUCGUUCUUAUGUUAUUAUCUAUUAAAUGCAAGAGGACAAGUAUUAAAAUCCAUAACUGCCUCUUGCCAAUGCCUUAAUUCAAGAUUAAAAGACCCAUAGCGUCCAAAUGACGAAUGAACAACUUCCUCUUAAUGUAUUGUUUGCUCCUAAAAAUUAAUCAGUCAGUCAUCAAGGGCUUUGAGUCACUAAAGAAAUGCGCUAUAUAAAUAUAAUUCACUUCACUUCACAUUCGCCAUAUUAUCAAUUAGUUUUGUAGUAAUGGGUAUAUCACAAACUGUACUUGGAACACCCCCUUUUCAUUGCUAGACUUGAUUUGCAGCCCCCUCCUGGUGUGAAGUCAUCUACAGAACUGGAGCCCAUUUUCCUGCAUGGACCGUCUAAUUAGGGACAUGUAUAACUAUUAUUUUGAUCACUUAAUUGCAUGUUUUUGUCGCUCUGCUCCAUGAUUACUUUAAAACUGAUAUGGUUAAGAUAAUGACCAAAAAAGACAUAAAAGAACUGCCUGUCACCGCCGGCUGCCAUCUUGUGGUUUGUGUUCAGUUUGCAAUUGUUGGUGCAGCAGACCUGGCUCUUAUUGUUUGUCUUUUUCCUAGAGUUCCUGUGUUUCCCAGUGGGCGGAGUUGUGAGACGUGCACAGCUGUAGCCAAUCUUCACAACACUAUUUAAGCAGCACCGCAAUAGCUGAAUGGCACUCGGCAAUUUUACUCCGUUGACUGAAGACUCCUAGACUCCUUGCAUGUUCACCUAAGUGCCUCCUAAACUAUUUCCUGUUCCAUUCAGCUUGGUAUGUACUUUUGUAGUUUGCACGUCUUGCAACUUUGACCCUAGUUUCAGUUAGUUUAUAGUUU